AUGCCCAAAGAAGCAGACGACAAGCGCCAAGCCGCCCGUGAAGUUAUUGAUAUCCUUCAAGAGAUCUCCGAUCUACUCAACACCAACCUCGAUCGCACAGAGUUGUCGCUGUGUGUCUCUCUUAUCGAGAAUGGUGUGAAUCCUGAUGCUCUGGCGACUGUCAUCAAAGAUCUGCGAAAGGAGCCUGGUGCUUCGAAGCGCGUGUCCAAUGCUCCUGCAGAAUAA